AUGGCACGAACAGAAGAAGCCCCAGAGGCCUCUCCCGUACACCAGCACCGAAGUGAGCGCGCAGAAUCGGCAGCAGCCGACUCUGCCCUCCACCACACAACCUCCUCCUCCUCCUCCUCCUCCUCCUCCUCGGCCCCGACCGCCCCAUCAGCAGGACAAGAUGUCCAGGGCCCUCUGACUCCAGCAGCAUCGGAUUCAGAGGGACAGAGUGAUGAUGAGGAUGAAGAAGACAUCCUCUCUCCCGAAGAGUAUGCGGCCGAGAUGGAGGCCAAACAGCUCUUCAUUGCAGACGUGCCCGCUGUCUUCCAAAGCACCAUGCAGCGUACGCCAAAAGCAGUGCUGCAGCGAAAGCUGGAGUGGCUUCAGAAGCGGAUGGAGGACCUGCAGGAGACGUUCCGCGUCAUGAAUAGGCCGUCGAAUCUACUUUAUGUCGAUUCCGAAGACCGCCGGGCCGUCAGGGAUGAACUGUGCAAGCGCAUCGACCAGAUCGAGGCUGCGGACUGGCUACUCGACGAAAUCUAG